GGGAACGCCGAGGAAAGGCUGAGGGAAGGCUGAAGAGUGAGGCAACGACCCCUCAGUGGCUGCCUGCCAAUCAUCGAAAACCCCUCAUGAUCGGUCAGUCCAGUUGCUGAUAAGACCCCACGAGGGUGACAGUUGUGGUAGGCGUUGCAAAUAAAAACAAAACAAACGGAAAAUAUGGAGCUUUCAUUGGCUUGGAUGUAUCGAUGGGACGAGCACUAUUUUUCAUUGUAAAAGAAAAUAACUGUCGGAUGGUUUUAUCGAAUCGAGUUCAGUUGCAAGUGGUUAUUGACAGUGGACUCAGUUAGGUGAGACCACUGUCCUCAUGUUCCUGCUAUUAUUGUUUUUUUUUCAUUUUUAGAAAAAUUAUUUAAUCCGCAUGGACUAGGUGCUAUCAAUCACCGAACAAUUACUCCUGCGAGUAUUGAACAUGUGUUUUUGAGGAUUUUUAUGAAUUUUUUAAACACUCAUUUUAUACUGAGUCAGUGGAGAAGUUCGAUGAAGUGAUUUUUAUUGUUGAGGCUUUCAUUGUAUCGCAACAUGACUGGACUCAUUGAGAUAUUUUUGUUCUGCGGUGUUCUCUACUACUUCUAUAAUACAAGAGGCAGUAAUAUGGUAGAUGUCCUGUCCACUCGACUUCAGGAAGUCUAUGCCAAGUGGGAGGCACGCACAGACGUCCAGAGGGACACGGAUGACAGCCUAUCAAGACUCUCAUUGGAUGGCUUGAGACGAGCUGGCACCCAGAACCAAAGAAAGCGCCUCCAGAUUCGCGAGCAGGCUCGUAAAAUUCGUUCGAAUUCACUCGUCAAAAUAAAAGAGACUGAACUACUAAUCCCCACAAUAUCAAAAACCACAACGAUAGCAUAUCAAUGCUGUACAACAUGCACACUUGGAUCACGAGACUCAUUCGCCAGUAUCGCAACAAAGCAAUUGCAGUCAAGCGGAAGGAACAUGCUCCUGAUUGACCCGGGGCCAUCUCUCUUCUCCAAGAUCUUCAAUGACAUAUCUUUCAUCUACAAUAUCAAGAAAUACGAGUAUCCCAGGGUCACCCAGACAGUCCUGAAUGACGAGAGAUUGAAAGAAGCGAUUCACCUGACAGCAGCUGAAGCGAGUGAGGAGCAUGGAGUCCCUGAGAGAGAGGCCCUCCAGGAUGCCGAAAAACGUGCGAGAGAAAUUCUAAAUCGCAUGGAGAGCACAAUAAGUGACACUCUUCUUCGAAUAACAGCCUGGGUGCUGUACAAGCUCAUUCCGUUUUUCAUAAAAUCACUGGUGAUCCAACAAUCGCAAGUAGAAAUGCUGCAGAAAGCAGACAGCACAGGAUUGCCCCUGGUUAUCAUCCCCCUCCACAGGAGUCACCUGGAUUACAUAAUGAUGACCCUCUUCACGUACACCAAUAACAUCAGGAGUUGCUUGAUAGCAGCUGGUGACAACCUGAGGAUUCCUUUCUUUGGGAGAAUUCUCAAUGGUCUCGGUGCUUACUACAUCAAGAGGAGGAUCGAUCCAGUUCUGGGGAAGAAGGAUAUCCUAUAUCGUGCCACACUCCAGACUUAUGUGAUGGAGAGUCUUCGAGCUGGACACAACGCUGAAUUCUUCAUCGAGGGGGGCAGAACGAGAACUGGAAAGCCAUGUUUACCGAAGGCGGGGAUACUCAGCAUCAUCGUCGAGGCGUAUCUCGAUGGGACAAUCGAGGACGCCCUGGUGGUGCCAGCCUCGGUGAAUUACGAACGUCUGGCUGAUGGGAAUUUUAUCAGGGAGCAACUCGGCCAGCCCAAGAAGAUGGAGAGCUUUGGCAACGCCAUUCGGGCUAUCUGGUCCACCAUUCGGGGAAAUUAUGGCAUUGUCAAGUUGAAUUUCUGCGAGCCAUUCUCACUCAAGGAGAUGAUCAGGUCUAUUGAGCUCCAGCUAGCCAAGCAAGCGGGCUCUACUGGGAAACCUGUGGAGAAGGUCCUCAGGAAUACCAUGUCCACUUCUUCUUUGUUUGGGACUGAUGUCAUGGAUGAUGAGCACAGGCAGCUCGUCGAGUUUAUAGGGCGUCAUAUAGUUUAUGAUGGAGGAAAAGCCACUCCUAUCAUGUCGACGAAUCUUGUGGCGUUUAUUCUCUUAAAUAAGUACCGAGACGGUUGCACGUUGGACGAGCUGGUGGAUAUCUUCACGUCCUUGAGGCGCGAGUUGGAGGCUGCAAACAAGGAUCUUGCCUUCUGUGGUGAGAGUUUAGAUAUAAUAAAUCACGCAUUGGCAAUUCUGGGUCCUGGCCUGGUGAAACAGCAGCGACAGGAGGUGACGAGGAAGCUCGAGGGCCAGCCGGUGAAGAAGGAGUUCGUUACGGUAAUAAAUCCAAUCUCUAUUCUUCCAAAUGUCAUUGAGCUGGCGUACUACAGUAAUGGAAUGAUGAGCCACUUUAUUAUGGAAAGUAUCGUGGUGUCCGCGCUGUAUGCCACCUUGAAGACCGAGAUAAACGAUCCAAAGGCCAUCGCAGAGAAUGACUUAACAGUAUUCCAGAGUAGUCUCAUUGAGAAAUCACUCAAGCUCUGUGAUAUCCUCAAGUACGAGUUCAUUUAUUGUCAACCCUGUCAGGACCUGGAGGCAACGAUUAUCGAUACAAUUCAAUAUCUGAUACACACUGGAAUUAUCAGACACUGCGAGGAGGGUCUUCUUGAGGAGGAGCAGUGGAGUAGAAGGUUCGCUAGAACUUUCGAUGACAGCUCCGAUGAAGAGGCUGCUGCUGUUUUUGCAAGUAGAAAAAUCAGGUACAAACUCAAUUUGGAGGCGGAAUCGUCCAGGAGGAUGGAGUUCCUUCACACCGUCCUCAGACCGCUCAUUGAUACUUAUACAUUCAGUGCCUUCACGUUGAAGAAAAUUGUGGGGAGAUCCCUCACUGAGAGGGACCUCGUGCAAGAGAUUUUCGUUGAGAUUAAGACUAAUCUUGAUAGGGGUAUUGUUAAUUAUGGGGAAAGUUUAAGUGUAGAUACAAUAAAAAAUGCUAUAAAAACGUUUGAAAAGUGGAACGUGCUGGAGUGCCAUCCACAUGAGAACACGAAACUUUAUUACCUCAGGGAUGAGUACGACAAUGAUGCAGCGACGAAUGAGGUCUUCGAGAUCAUCGAUACAUUCAAAUGGACGAGAAACGUCAAUUGAAGAGUUUCACCCGUUCACAUACAUUAAAACGUGUAAAUAUUGAUAAUAAGUGUUAAGAAUAAUAGCGAUUGAAGAGAAGACCGAACGUGCCAAAUGAAAGCUGUCCAUUAGGUUUUUAUAUCCAAAAAGUUGUGGAAAUUAUUUUGAAUAUUUUGAAAUUUAGAAUUUAUUUAGUUUAAUAGCUGAAUUUGGAUGGAAAUAAUUUUUGUUAUGAUUGAAUGGAUGUAGGUUAAUUUGGAAAUGAUGAGGGAGAUUAAAGUGUUAUUUCAUUAA